UGUAUUUUCGGGUGAAAUCUGGUGCGACUCUAAAACCAGAAGCUACAGAGAGCGCCCCUAUACUACUGCAGUACUCCAUCACUGUGACGAACACAAAAUUGUGCGCUGUCACUUUAAGACCGCCCUGCCGCCCUGUGCAAAAACUUUGGCGGCUCUGCCUAAGAGUGCAAACUGAACAUCUGUCAAAAUAAACCGGCAGUCACACUGAAAUAUAAAACAAUAUAUCUGUAUGGCUGUCAUCGGAGUGCCGUUUCUUCAGCACUGCUAUUAACUCAACUCGUCCUUGACUGAAGCUGCUGACGAACUAACUCUUUGUAGUUUGUUUACGCUGCAGGCGCAAUGCAUCUGGGUGCUGCACUGGAGCGUUAGCCUGCUGCAAGUUGCAACAUGCCCACCACUGCCUCAGUCUCCCGCAGCAGCAAAACAGAGAGAGAUGAGAAAGAGAUGAGAGAGCAUGGAAGAGCAAAGGCAGAGGAGACAGAGAGAGCAGCCAAGGGAAGAGAGGAGUCAGCCAGGAGAAGAGAGGAGUCAGCCAGGAGAAGAGAGGAGUCAGCCAGGGGGAGAGAGGAGUCAGCCAGGAGAAGAGAGGAGUCGGCCAGGGGGAGAGAGGAGUCGGCCAGGGGGAGAGAGGAGUCGGCCAGGGGGAGAGAGGAGUCAGCCAGGGGGAGAGAGGAGUCGGCCAGGGGGAGAGAGGAGUCGGCCAGGGGGAGAGAGGAGCCGGCCAGGGGGAGAGAGGAGCCGGCCAGGGGGAGAGAGGAGCCGGCCAGGGGGAGAGAGGAGCCGGCCAGGGGGAGAGAGGAGCCGGCCAGGGGGAGAGAGGAGCCGGCCAGGGGAAGAGAGGAGCCGGCCAGGGGAAGAGAGGAGCCGGCCAGGGGAAGAGAGGAGCCGGGCAGGGGGAAUAGACGCAGCGAGCCCCAGUGUGCCUCCCAAGCAGGCCGGACUCGCAGUCCCUGUGGACUCAGACACCCUCUCCUCAACCUCGUCCACGCCUCUGGAUUCAAACUGGGAAAGCCUGGAUGUAGCCCUGACUGCUGUGCAGCCCCCUCGUCCUGAGAAUGAGACGACGAGGGACCGCCCCAGCUUGGAGGAAGCCCCGAACCUAGACCUGCUUUCCUGUGGUGCUGUAGACAUCUACCCUGUAAUUGGGUGUCAGCGCCUGGGUCCCACCCCAGACUUGACACCCUUUCCUAGGAUUCGCCCUCCCCUGGGUGUGCCUCUUCUGCACCCUCCAGAUCAUGGCCCUGGUCCUGGUGGGGUGGCCUCUCUGGACCCCAGUGAGAUCGGCUCUCCACGUGCUGAUAGUUUGAGCCCCACUAUGAGUGACUGCCUCCUGGGUGUGGGUCCCAAGGAGGGAGCCUCAGCUGGGUGUCAGCAGGCUGGCUUGGCCCUGGCUGGGAACAGGCUGUCCCUGGAUGUGUACCCCAGGGGUGCGGCCCUCCUGCCCGAGCUGUGGGGUUCUCGCCAGGACGAGAUGCUGGCCGUGGAGUUCGUGAGGCUCUGCAGCAACCAGGAGGGGAUAGAGGGCGCUGUGGAGCUGCUCCCCAGGAUGAGGGGGCUCAGGUCCGCCGUGCUCAAAGGGGGCUCUCUCAGGGACGAGUUUGGCGCCUGUGUGCCGGGACUCUUGUCGGCGCUGCCCGAUUCUUUCGGGUCCCUGCAGCUGCUCACCCACCUGGACCUGAGCUUCAACCGGCUGCACUCCCUGCCAGGCUGCGUCUCCGCCCUGCCCUGCCUCUCCACCCUCCUCCUGGGACACAACCUGCUGGGCUCCCUCCCUGAGAGCCUGGGAGACCUGCGCUGCCUCACCUUCCUCUCCCUCAUCAAGAACCGGCUGCACUCCCUGCCUGCCAGCUUGGGCCAGCUGGGGGCGCUGCGGAGCCUGGACGCCUCUCACAACCUGCUGGAGGAGAUACCCGAACAGGCGGGGGCGCUAGAGAGGCUGGAGCUGCUCGACCUGUCUGCUAACAAGCUGAGGAGUGUGCCGGAGACACUGGGCAACCUGCUCUCCCUGCAGCAGCUGCAUCUCCACAGUAACUGCCUGGAGUUGGUGCCAGCGAGCCUGGCAGCUCUGCCCAGUCUGACCCAUCUGGACCUUCAGAACAACUGCCUGCGCCGGGUCCCAGCGGAGAUCGAGAGCUGCCCCGCGGCCCGACUCCGAGGGAACCCCCUGGGACAGCCAGAGACACCCCAAACCCUGCCCCAGACGGAGGAUGCUUCUGAACCCAAAGACCCUCCUGAGCUGCACCUGUCGGGGGACCAGGACAGUUUCGUGGUGACCCAUGACGGCUGUACCGUGUUCCUGCCCAGGGGGUUGAAGCUGGUAUUCCCUGCGGGCGCCAUCUCCAUGGUGACAGUGACCUGGCGUCUACGCAGGCCCAGCAGGAAGCUGGUCAGGCUGGAACACCACGACUUCCUGUUGAGCUCCGUGCUGGAGCUGCAGCCCCAUGGAAUCAACUUCCACAAGCCUGUGAGCCUCUCCCUGCCCUACUCAGCCCCUCGCAGAGCCCCUCACCGGCAGGCUGUGAUCCGAACCUUCGACGGGGCUUCCUGGACGGACCUGCAGACCCACACAGUGACCUACAGCAGGAGGAAGAGGGUAGAGGGGGCAGAGCUUCCACAGGAUAAACUAGGCAGCCAAACUAGUAGGAACGACAAGCGGUUCCUGGCUUGCUGCAGUCUCUCUCAUUUCUCCUGGUUCAUGGUGGUGUCUCAGCUGGUGGAGGAGUGCUGUUCAGUGCUGCCCCUGCAGGGGGCGCUGCUGGUCUCGUCUGCGGACCCCGGGAUCAAGGUGACCUUCCCCCCUGCUGCCACUGCGGAAGCGCGGCGCGUCAGGAUGCAGGUCCUCGCGGUGCCCCUGCCUCAGCUCAGAGAGCUCUCUGGAGACCCCCAUGCCAGCGCCAGCCCACUGCUCCGCCUGGCCCAGAGCUCAGCUCUCAACUUCCUGCAGCCAGUCAGGAUACAGCUGCCCUUGCCUCCGGGGCUCACAGGCCUCUCUCUGGAUCGCUCACGGCUCCACCUCCUGCACGGGGAUCCCAGUGCUGACACGUGGACUGACAUCACCCAGCAGGUGGCGCUGCAGUUCACGCACCUCUACGCUGUGUUCGAGGUGUUGCACUUCUCCUGGUACUGGCUGUGGUACACCACGCAGCGCUAUGUGGGGGGGAUGGUGCGGAGGGUAUACGAGAGGCUGCGGCUCCACCAGGUCCAGUUCAUGGCUCUGCAGAGGAAGAAGAACCCUGAGCAGGUGCUGCUGCAGUGCCUGCCCCAGAACAAGGUUGACGAUGCUCUGGAGAGGCUGAUCAGUCGGUACCAAGGUCCAGAACCCUCGGAUCUGAUUGACAUGCUGGAGGGGGAGCAGUUCUUCGCUGGCUUCGAGAAGGGGAUCGAGAUAGAUUCCGACCGCCCUGAUUGCGAGGCUGGGCGAAUCUCCUUCGUGUUUUACUCUCACUUGAAGAACCUGAAGGAGGUGUACGUGAGCUCCAGCUCGGACCGCAGCGUGCAGCCCGUGCGCGGCCAGGUCUCGUUUUACCGGGGAGCGAUGCCGGAGAGCUUACCUGAGGAGGCUGCAAAGAAGAGGAAGGGGCCCGAUAGCCAGUGGCUCACAACUCUCCCACUGCAGCUACCAAUGCUGCGGUCGGUGACGGAGGGGGGUCAGUCCGGUCAGCCCUCUCCCCUGAACCUGGGGGACGAGGAGAGCGGGUUUCUGACCGAGGUGAACCUGCUGGGCAUCGCGCUGCGCAUCGGGGCCGAGUGGAGGAGCAUCGGAACCAACCUGGGGCUGAGCUACCAGCAGCUCGACAGACUGGAGUAUGGACACAGGGGUGAUCUGGGCAGGCAGGUGGAGUCAAUGCUCUUUUCCUGGGCGCGUGGCAGCGUCGGCUCGCCGGACUGCGUGGCUCAGCUUGUGCGGGCGAUGCAGGAGAGCGGGCGCCAGGACAUCGCCGAAGAGAUCGCUGACAUCAUCGAGCUGGGCAAGCGCAAGUACCGGGACUCCCUCCAGAGAGCAGGGCUGGGGGCGGGGAGCAGCCAGGAGGACUCUGCCAUAGACAUGGGGUAGAGGCUACGAGUGCUGUAGGAGACAGAGCUCUGUACAGUGCUAUAGGAGACAGAGCUCUGUACAGUGCUGUAGGAGACAGAGUUCUGUACAGUGCUAUAGGAGACAGAGCUCUCUGAAGGACUUUGCUACAGUCAUGGAGUAGUUGGGGCUGGACUUGCUAUAGAGGUGCUUUUAAUAAUGAAGUGAGAACCACUAUGGAAAGCCUGUAUCGGCACACCGUGAGUGCACUGGACUGGACUGUGGACCUGCAGCUGAUCUGCGCGAGAUUGUAUUUAUUUGUUUUUAGAUGUACAUGUUGAUUUAAAAAGAAAUGAAAAAUGCACUUGAAUGUUUCUCUUGGUGUCGUCUGAAUGUAUUUUAAAUGAUGCUGUACCAUGCCUGUGAUUUUUAUACAGUGUGUGUAUGUGUGUGUGUGUAUAUAUAAUAUAUAUAUAUAUAUACUGGUGUUCGUAUUUGAUCAGUAAUGGUGACCUGUGCUGGCUGGGACUAUCGGUGAGAAUGCAUUUGUGAAACUGAGGACCAAACUCCUGCUGAUCCCCCCCACACAGGAGCACGAGGGAAUGUGUGUUUCUAGAGCGGUCGUGGGGGAGUUUUGUUCUGUUUUUAAUAAUUGUAAUUUAAUUGUUAAUCUCAUCAUGUUUUUAUUUAGUUGAAAUUUAAGAUGUUAUUUAUGUAUGUACUGAUCUUUAGAAAAAAAUGUAAAUAAAACACUAUAUGUGCAUGUA